AUGGGCGAGGAGCAGAGCCCGGGGCCCCCGGCCCGGAGCCCCGGACCCCCCGCCGCCCCCAGCCCUCGGAGGACCCCGGUCCCUGCGGGCCGGAGCUGCCGCGUGUGCCUGGAGGACAAGCCCCUGUCCCCGCUGUCCUGCUGCCGGACGCCGGUCUGCGGCGAGUGCCUCCGACGACACCUCAACGCCCAGGUGCAGCUCGGACAAGCCGAAAUCAAAUGCCCCAUCCCCGAGUGCAGCGAGCACCUGGAGGAAACGACGGUUCUCUACAACCUGCCUCACGAUGACAUCAUCAAAUACAAGUACUUCCUGGAACUCAGCCGGAUGGACUCCAGCACCAAGCCAUGCCCUCAAUGCAAGCACUUUACGACCUUCAAGAGGAGAGGCCACAUUCCCACCCCUACCAAAUCGGAAAACAGAUACAAAAUCCAGUGCCCCAGCUGCCAAUUUGUCUGGUGUUUCAAGUGCCACUCUCCCUGGCAUGAAGGUGUGAACUGUAAGGAAUACAAAAAGGGAGACAAACUUUUGCGUCACUGGGCCAACGAGAUAGAACACGGGCAGAGAAAUGCCCAGAAAUGUCCCAAGUGCAAGAUCCACAUCCAGAGAACAGAAGGGUGUGAUCACAUGACCUGUUCCCAAUGUAACACUAAUUUCUGUUACCGCUGUGGGGAGAGAUAUCACCAAGUUCGGUUCUUUGGAGAUCACACAUCAAAUCUCAGUAUAUUUGGAUGCAAAUAUCGCUACCUCCCCGAGAGACCACACGUACGGAGACUAGUGCGAGGCUCUGUCUGUGCUGGCAAACUACUCAUUGCACCUUUUAUCCUGGUCUUGGGACUGGCGCUGGGGGCCAUAGCAGUUGUAAUAGGUUUGUUUGUGUUUCCCAUCUAUUGCCUUUGCAAAAAGCAGAGGAAGAGGUCACGGACAGGUAUGCCCUGGUAAGCAGCAGGCUUUUUAUCUUUUUACCCCCUCCGAACGGAGCCGGUCCUGCGAGGGCUAACCAGAAUCGCGCAGCAGAAAGAAGAAAUCUCGGCCACCUUUCAGCACGUCAAGGUCCCGGAAGUCAUCUUCCCUGCCCGGCGUUCCCAGCCAGAUGCUCUCCUGCCCUGGUGCCUUCUUCAACACGGUAGCCUUCUCCUUCCCCCAGCCUCUCCAUUCUCUUCAUCCAACCCCUCAUCAGAGUGCUGCUUUUUCAAUGAAGACUGGAAGGAGCUAACCUCCAGGUUGAUUUCUCAGUCUCCCCACAGCCCCAUUGCAACUGUGAUCUUCCUCUCGUCCUGUCUUUUCACCAAUUUUCCGUGUGGAUUUUCUGACGAGGUCGUACGGGAGAACUGGCCUGAGAAGGCCCAGACCAUUUCUGCUCACAGAACCCUCUCGACCCUUGUCUGAGAUGCUCAAUCGCCGUCGGGCAUUUGGAACCAGCCGACGCUGUUAAGUGAGGCUCUUCCUGGGAAGACAAAAGAGAGGAUCGGCCUAUCGCACCUGUUUCUACCUGCGGACAAAGAGGCUUAAUUUACCCAUUUGGCAGGCAGGGAUUGCUGGUGCCAAAAUCUUCGUGCCUAAAAGGGAACUGAGAGAAAAAAUCAGAAGUAGAAGCAGGUGGCACUACUCUGUGUGUGUGUGUGUGUGUCUGUGUGUGUCUGUGUGUGUGAUAAAACUGGCUUCAGCAGCUGCCAACCCAUGUCCCCUCAGUGCACUUGCAUUCUUGUGUUCUUCUCCCUAUGUGGGGUAGCUCUUUGAUGGACAGACAUUUAGGAAGAAAGAGGGGCCACUUCCUCAUCAUCAAUGGUAUUUAUUGAGCGCUUCCUGUGUGCAGAGCACUGCACUAAGCGCUCGGGAGAGUAGAUGGUGGGGGAAUAAUUCCCGACAGCCCCACUUGCCUAAAAAUAUUCCAUUUAUGCAGUGUUUCACUGGAAUUUCACAUUUAUUUUUCUGGUAUUUAAGUGCUUAAUACGUGCCAGACACUUUAUUAAGCCCUGGGGUAGAUACAAGCUAAUCAGU